GAUUCCUUGCGAUACCUUCUCGAUCUUUUUAUUGACCUAAAAGGUAGAAAUUAUGUUCCAGCUUCCUGUUAAUAACCUUGGCAGUUUAAGAAAAGCCAGGAAGACGGUGAAGAAGAUCUUGGGGGACAUUGGCUUGGAAUAUUGCAAAGACCAUGUUGAUGAGUUUAAACAGUUUGAACCCAAUGACUUUUACGUAAAGAACACGUCAUGGGAUGAUGUGGGGCUGUGGGAUCCGUCUCUCACUAAGAAUCAGGAUUAUCGUACCAAGCAGUUUUGCUGCAGCCAGUGUCCGUUCUCUUCCAAGUUUUUCUCCGCCUACAAAAGUCACUUUCGAAACGUCCACAACGAAGACUUUGAAAACCGAAUCCUCCUGAACUGCCCGUACUGCACUUACAAUGGGGACAGAAAGACUCUGGAGAUGCACAUCAAAGUGUUUCAUGCUCCGAACGCGCCUACUCCCAACCCAGGCCUCGGCGUCUUCAAAGAAAAGAAUAAGCUUGAAAGCCUUAAACCCAAACAGUCCGACAGCGUAGAGCAAGCUGUUUAUUAUUGCAAGAAGUGCACUUACAGGGAUCCUCUCUACGAAGUGGUUAGAAAGCACAUAUACAGAGAACAUUUCCAGCAUGUUGCCGCGCCUUACGUUGCAAAGUCGGGAGACAAAUCUCUUAAUGGUGCAGUGCCUGUGGGCUCAAAUCCGAGGGACGAGGGCGGCAUCCAUUGUAAGCGUUGCCUUUUCAUGCCGAAGACCUAUGAAACUUUAGUUCAGCAUGUCAUUGAAGACCAUGAACGCAUAGGCUAUCAAGUGACCGCCAUGAUAGGGCACACCAAUGUGGUUGUUCCUAGGUCCAAGCCAUUGAUGCUGAUAGCUCCGAAACCACAAGAUAAAAAACCUCUAGGUAUUCCUCAGAGAUUGGGACCAAUGUCCGGCGGAAAUGUCCGAACCCUUCCCUCUCAGCAAAUGGUAAAUAGACUCACUAUACCAAAGCCCUCGAUGAAUUCUAAUAUGAUGUCCAAUGUCCAUAUACAGCAAAACAACUAUGGAGUUAAGAACAUGUCGGGCUACUCUGUUGGCCAGCAAAUGAGACUAGGAAUGAGUGGAAAUGCCCCCGUGUCUCUUCCCCAGCAGUCCCAGUCUAUGAAACAAAUGCUUCCCGGUGGGAACGGGAGAGCUUUUUCACUCGGUGCCGAUCAGAGAUCCCAGGCUCCUUUAAGGUACUCGCUCGGAUCUGGAAAUUCGAGUCUUUCCUCGGGCCACAUGAAACCUGCCUCCAUAACUCCAUCGCACGUACCGUCUCGAACGCUGACUCCGUCUGGUUCAAAGCCUCCGACUGCGGCCUCGGUGGCGGCGGCUGCGGCGGCCGCUGCUGCAAACCCCAACUCUUCCACCCAAAAAUGGAAAAUCUGUACGAUCUGCAAUGAGUUAUUCCCCGAGAACGUCUACAGUGUUCACUUUGAGAAGGAGCACAAAGCUGAGAAGGUCCCCGCCGUAGCCAAUUACAUCAUGAAAAUACACAACUUUACGAGCAAAUGUCUAUACUGUAAUCGCUACCUGCCCACCGAUACCUUGCUCAACCACAUGUUGAUCCACGGCCUGUCGUGUCCCUACUGUCGAUCCACUUUCAACGACGUGGAAAAAAUGGCAGCUCACAUGAGAAUGGUUCACGCCGACGAAGAAAUGGCUCCUAAAACGGAUUCCACCUUGACCUUUGACUUAACAUUACAGCAAGGAAGUCACACGAAUAUACAUUUACUUGUGACCACGUACAACCUUAGAGAUGCGCCCGCCGAGUCCGUAGCUUACCACGCGCAGAACGCGGCUCCACCUGCGCCAAAACCUCAGCCAAAAGCGGCGGAGAAAACCGAAGCGCCGGUAAAAAACUUACCUCAGGCCGCAGUGCCCUACAAGAAAGAUGUAGGCAAGACGCUUUGCCCCCUUUGCUUUUCUAUCUUGAAAGGUCCCAUAUCCGACGCCCUCGCGCAUCACUUGAGAGAGAGACAUCAAGUCAUUCAGACUGUCCACCCCGUAGAGAAAAAGCUCACGUAUAAAUGCAUCCAUUGCCUUGGGGUUUACACGAGUAACAUGACCGCUUCGACCAUUACGUUGCAUCUCGUGCAUUGUCGAGGUGUUGGGAAGACCCAAAACGGCCAAGAUAAAUCCACCCCUCAGAAGCUAGGCCAGGUCCCCACCGUGAAUCCGUUGAAACGGUCGAGUGAUUUCGUUGAGCUGGCGCUCGCAAAGAGAAGAAGGCCAGAUGAUGAUCAAGAUCCUACAAUUAUUUUAGAUGAUAAACCCGAAGAGCCAGUGGUGUUGGCUUUGGAUCCAAAGGGUCACGAAGACGAUUCCUACGAGGCAAGAAAAGCAUUCCUCACAAAGUACUUCAACAUGAAGCCGUAUCCCAGCCGGAGGGAAAUAGAGAAGUUGGCCGCCAAUCUGUGGCUGUGGAAAAACGAUAUCGCUUCCCAUUUCAGCAACAAAAGGAAAAAGUGCAUUCGAGACUGCGAGCGAUACAACCUCAGCGUCUUACUCGGCUUUAACAUGAAGGAAUUAAAUAAAGUAAAACACGACAUGGAGUUUGGCGCCGAGUGGAUGUUUAAGAACAUCGAUGAAUCUGUGUCCAAACCGAAUGCCAGCAAAACGGUGGACAAGAAAAAGAUAAACGAGUCCGGUUCCUCGGAUAGCUUUGUAAAUGUCGACGACGACUUAAACGAAAGCGGCAGCGAGACGAGUCCAGAGAAAAAUCCAGAGGAGCCCAGAACAGGCCCUAUAAGAAAGCAAGAGCCAGGCUGUUCCCCGUUACCCAUGGAAUCUCUUCAGAAGACCGACAAAGAGGUCCAACGAGCGCCCAAAGCCGCCGAUGUCUCCGAGGCAUCAAAGGAAGUGAUUUUGGACGACUCUGAGAGCGAAGAAGAUCCGGAAGAACCUUCUGCGUGGAAAGAUGAAGCUUCGCGCUCGGAAAGCGACCCUGGUUCUCAACAGGGAUCGGACUUGGAAGAUAGCCCCCCGAAGGUAAAGCAGGAACUUUUUAUUAACGAUUCCAACCACAGCGACGAUACGGGGAGAGACAAGGAAACUGCGACAGCAGACGCUCCGGUGACAAAUAGCAGAGAGGAGCAGCCGAAAUGGAAAACAAAUUCUUUUGGCAAAGUCGAGGAGUUUUGGGCCAAAGGCGCGUCGCUGCCAUUCCCCAAUUCUACUGUAAAAGACGAGGGCUUAUCAAACCCGCCCAACGAAUGGCCAAAUAGCACGUUCGACGGCGAAAACGGGGAUCAGUUCGAUGUGACUGUUACAGACGCGAUGCACAGCAAUCUAACCGGUGUAGGUCUUAGUAGCCAACAAGUAUAGAUGGUUAUUUCGGACGCCGCACUAAGCCCAGUAAACUGUUUAACUAAAGUGACUGUUGAGCAUAACUUGAACUGUUUUACUGCCGAUAGGUGGCAGGGCUCCGGAACGGUGGAAGUCGGAGUCGCGUUAUUCCACAAUUUCUUUAUAAAACUGUGCUAUUUGUUGAAAUUGCUUGUGAUAUCCGCUGCAUUGGGCGCAAAACAAUGUGAAAGUAACAUUGGAGGCUACAGAAUGCAUAGUGGUGUUGAUCUGCAAUUCUUCCCUUCAUUUAUUUUUUUAUUUUUUGUCUUUUACUUUUACUUUA